UACUUAUUGCAUCAUUAUGCACCAGUUCAGAAAGUUCUUCGAAAAAGAACACAAAUUCGAUGUACAUACAUUAGAACCAGACCGUUUCAUCGCCUCCCCGUAGAACAUAGACUAUCAGCUGAAUAAGCUAACUGCGUGUGAUAUGCUGUAAGUUUCCGCGCUCAAAUUCGUUGACAAUCACGAUAAGUUACCUUGAUACAUUCAUUGUAUAUAUCACAGGAUAAAUAUAUACGUACAUCUACAUACAUAUUUCCAACAUGAAUGAUUCCUUUUUGGAGGAUUUAGGAUUAAUACCAGAAGAAUCAAAGAAAACGUAUCAGCAAGCAGAUUGCUAUAUAACUACCAGACAUGCUACUUCAUCUCCACUACUUAAGUUUUCUGAACAAGAUGAGAGGGAAAAUAUUAUGCGGUCACAGAAAACACGUCCUACUACAGCAGUUCCAAAUAUACCUGACAUAAAGAUCACAAGUAGUAGAGACUUUCCCAUAAAAGACUGUAAGAAACAACCUGAUCAAAAUAUGAAGAAACAUUCUGUAAGAAUGAAAGUACCAGAGAAAAAUGAAAAGGCAGAAAGCAGGACAAAAAAUUUGGAUGUUAAAAUAAAAAUGGACAAUAAGCAACAUUACAGUAUUAGCGGAGACACUAGAACGAAAUUACAAGAAGCAAAAGAAGCGAAAUUACAAGAGACAAAUCAUGCCAAACUAUCUGAAAAUAAAAUUGUGAACAAAGAACGUAAUCGACGCUCAGGAUCACAUAAAGAAACCACUCAAUCCCUUGGUACUUCUACUAAAGAAAACAAACAUUCCUCAGAUUCUUCCAACAAUCAUUCCUCAGAUGUUUCUAGUAAGAACAAUAGUCGGCCUUCAGAUUCUUCCAAAGAAAGUGGUCCUCAAGAUUCAGCUAAGGAGAAAGAAAAAGUACUGCCAGCUAAUUUGAAAAAAUUUAGUUAUAAUAUACAGGACCAAGAUCCAGUUGUUCUACUUAGUGCUAUUAAAGAAUUGAUCAGCACAUAUACCAAGCAGGAGAGCACAAAGAUUCUGCGUACUAUGCAGGAAUUACAUAUAAACUCUCAAGCAACCUUGAUAAAAAAUCUCUUGAAUCAAACAGAUGAUCUGAUCAAAGAAAUGCAUCCCAGUAAGGAUUCUACCAGAGUAAAAAUGUUGAUUGAGGAGAAUGAGCGAUUGCAGCAAGAAUUAAUUGCUUUGAAAACACAAAAUGAGGAUUUACAAAGUAAAUUAGCAGAGAUCGAAUUCUUGAAGCAAGAAAAUGCAGCUUUGAAAUUGAAAUGUAGCGAACUAAAAGAAACUUAAUAUGUACAUGAUAAUGAUCUUCCAUAAUUUAAGUAUUAAUGGAUUAUAGUAUAGUAAUGCGCAAGAGCUUUUAUACAUAUUGAUAUUUAAUAUCAUUCAUGUCAUCGUUGAUAAUUUAUUCUUUUAUACUAAAAUGUGCCUGUACUAGUUAAGAUACACACGUGCUAUUUCAAACAAACACAAGUCUGUUAAAUGUUCUAAAAUAUCUAAUAAAAACAUGUUUAUU